GGCAACCCGAUGCACACGCACGCCUCGCUCCAAGCAUCCAACCGCUCCCUCGUCAGACAGACAACACGAUAGAUUUUAACGCUCUUCCUCUCUGUCCUUCGAGCCGGAAAAAGGAUAUCGUGAUCUCGGUGCAUCUCGUAAUUGCCGCGCAGUUCCUUCCGGCUCCUCGUUGCGCGCGAGUUGGUGAUCGGGAUCGAUCGGCAAAGUGAACCCAGUCGCGUUUCAAAACGGCAAGAGUGUGCAAGUUGUAUUUCCGGAUAAAAGACGUUCGAUGGUUCGGUGAUCGAUCGGUCAACGAUCGUGUUUGAUUAAUUCUGUGACGAAGAACCUUCGAUCGUGUUCAUCGUUGCGAUCGCGAGGAAACGAGAAGGAGGUUUACUCUGUCAGAUAAUUAAACGGGCGAAGAAAAGGAGCGAAAGGAAAGCGGAAAUGGCCGGCGGGCUAGCUGUUACGCGUGGCAAUUAUGUUGAGCGGCCAAUUAGCAAUUAACCGACGAGAGCAGCGGAGCGGCCCCUUAAUUGCGGCUAAGAACAACAAUAACAACGACGACGACGAGAGAAGGAAGAAGAGAAGGAAGGUGGAUGCGGAGGUGGAGCGACCGAGUGAACGGGCGGAAGCGCAAGGUGCAUCACGACCAUCUCACGCGCCAUUUACUCUCGAUUCUCGCUUCGAAAUCAACCGCGAGCUUCCUUGAUCGUUCGUUUUAAUUAAUUCUGACUCGAAUCGAUGGGAGUGUCGAAGGCGAAGAGACACCGGAAGAAGAAUCAACGGUCCGGGAUUGGAUAUCAAUCUAGGAUACAGUGAAGUGCAGUUGGUAGCUGUCUAAGAGGAAUACGAAUCAGCGAAAAGGAAUCCUGACGAACGCGACGCGGUCACCGACGGCAAGAUUCUGUCUCCCAGGUACCGGGCGAGUCCUGGGGUGGCGACAGAGGCACCUGCAGGUGCCCGUAGCCCGAACGAACCACCUACGUCUACCGUGAUGACGGUCCAUCAUCAUCAGAACCACCACGUGGCGGCUUUGAGCGGCGUCACCGUGGCCAAUAACGGUCUCAACCUGAGCAGGAUGUCCGGCCUGGAGGCGCAUCGGCUCGAAAACAUCGUCGAGAGGAACGGAGUUAACGUUGAACGAUUGUCGAACGGACUCGACGCGAGGAACAAUAAUCACGCUGGUAACAACGGUUUGGAACGCGGAGACGCAUCGACCACGAUGCCCCAGAGAUCACGUUUCAUGAUCACCGAUAUUCUCGGAGGGGCGUCCAGCAAGAUGCACCAGGCGGGUCUGCAAACGCAAGAACCACCCGGUAGCCCACCGUCGACACCCAGGGACCUAAGUGUCAGACACCAGUCGAGGACGUCGUUGAGCAACAGCAAUCUCGACGAGGAUAGCGACGCCAGUCAUCACGAUGGUGCUUCCGUUACUUCGAAUGGCGGCAAGGAGGACGACCCGAAAAGUUCCUCGUCCGGCACCCUGAGCUCGGCGCAAAGCAAGAAACAACGAAAGGCGCGUACAGCUUUCACGGAUCAUCAACUGCAAACCCUGGAGAGGAGUUUCGAGCGACAAAAGUAUCUGAGCGUACAGGACAGGAUGGAGCUGGCAGCGAAAUUGCAGCUGACCGACACCCAAGUCAAGACAUGGUACCAGAACAGAAGAACAAAGUGGAAGAGGCAGACGAUGGUCGUGUUCGAGAACAAUAUGGCAGUUGCGGCUUUCCAGGAGCUUUACGGAAGCGGAGCAGCCGCGGUUCCUGUGCAUCCUGCGGCAGGACGAUACUGGCCUUACCCAGGUGCACACGCGUUACCAACCAACGGACUCUUCUUCCAGCAAGCAUCCGCGGCUGUGACCUUACAAAAACCUCUACCCUACAGACUGUACCCCCCAACGAUGAUCCUGGCAGGACCGAGUAAUCCGCUAGGCUCCUUGACAGCCAGCUCUAGUUUAUCGACCAUGAGCAACUACUACAGAGACAGUCCAGAAAUAACCGACGGAAGGGACAGAGAGAACCUGGAGAGAUCGUCGAGGCAAAGGGACAGAAGCAGAAGUCCUGUGAUAAGAGACAGAUCGCCGUUGAGGAAGGAUGAAAGAUUAUACACACCGACGAUGGUACAGGCUGGAUCGAGUAACUCCCUUGGAACUCUCACGGCGAGUUCGAACCUGAGCAAUUACUACAGAGACAGCCCUGAAGUGACGGACAACAGGGACAGGGAGAACAUGAACCGAGUACCUAGACAAAGGGACAGGAGCAAGAGUCCAGCGUUAAGGGAACGAUCUCCCGUACGCAAGGACGAGAGACUCUAUCCAGCCAGCAUGCUUCAAGCAGGUCCUAGCAACAGUAUCGGUUCGUUAACAGGCAAUUCAGCUCUUCCGAUGGCUAAUUACUACAGAGUCAGCCCUGAAAGGGAGAAUCUGAACAGGACGAGCAGACAGAGAGACAGGAGCAGCAGUCGCGACCGAUCACCGAUCCACGGAGAGGACAGCCCUCAGAGUAUAAGGGCGGACAGCGACGAGGAGAGUAUACACGAUAUCUAGGGCAUAGAUAAUGAAGAAAGAUCGAUAGACGAGAUUCCAUCGCGUUCUAUCGAAAAGGAGGACGGUUAAUCUUCCGCGGCUCGAAGAUGUCUCGAGUCUUUCAUAUUCGAGCAGCUAAGAAAGUGGAAACGAAAGGGGUUAAACUCCGCGAUAUUGACACGGAAUUAACGCUGGAACGGUCGAUUUCGUGAGGUGGAACGCAGGAAGUGACACGGAACGGACGUCCGGGAUUUCCACGAUAAUGAGAACGGAGGAAGCAUUGUGUGGUUAACCAAAGUUUGUGAUUCGAACGGUACGUUUAUGAACGAACAGGGGUACGGUGAAUCAGUAUUUAAUGCUCGAUCGUGAUGAUUGUGUACUCAAAGGGUUUGUUGUUUUUGUCAACAGCGACUGCGGAUGUCUAUGCGACUUCUGUUCGCUACCAGCGUCACAUAUUUAAAAAAGUGCUCCGCGUUGGAAUUGCAUAAACAUUCGUAGUCCAACCUCGUCGACAGGAAUCACCAAUAUGGUUAGGAUAUUAAUUGGUAAAAAAAUCGAACGUCGAGCGACUAACUUUCGUCGACGCGGAUAAAAAAGAGGAAGAGAGGUGGGAGAGAAAAUAAGUUUGAAGAUGACUAGAUCGAGCGUCGGGAACGAUCAGCGGGCAGGAAACGAGCCAAUCGCGUACGAACGCGAAUCUACAAUUAAUAUGACAUUAGAGAGGAUCUGCCUGCGGGGGAAGAAAUCUGAAAUGACACGAAAUUACAAGCGGUCGCUCGACAAAAAGAAGUCGGAAAAGAGGACGCAGAGGAGACCGUCGAACUAUUCGAGCGCUUCUCGUGUUCCAAAGACGAGACCAGCAUUUUUCACCCCUGUUCCCUUCGGAUCGGCUGAUUAGCUCGUUGCGUAUCCUCUUCUGCCUUCUGCACCCCAAGGAAUAUUUUUUCUUCGGUUAACAAUUUAUUACCUCGAACGACUAAAUUGCAAAAUGAUAAAGGACCUCUCUCUAUUUCUUUUUUUUGAAAAAGUCGAAUACGCAACGAGUUAACGAUGCGAUUCUAAACUCAACUCUUGUAACUUGGGAGAUACCUCCCGUUGUAAAUACGAUUAGGAUUUCAUUUCGUCGCGUUAAACUGUAAAUAGCCAGGCUCGCAGACGAAGUCUGAUACAAGGUGGCCCAUACGGUUGGACUCGUCGGGAUCGCAGAUGUUUUUCUAGGGCGUAAGAUGGAAACCAACCGUGAUAACCAGAUAUUUCAAAGUAUUUUUCAGAUUUCAGUAUACGUAGAAGAACGCGAGAAACGUGUCCGAAUCGUGGAAACCAUUGUCUUUAUUAUGAAUAACGUAGGAUCGAGGUACACGAUUCGGACACGACGUUUUCGCAUUCGCCGAUGAAAUACCAGUAUUAUGAAUGUAUAAAAUUAGGUUGUACGAGACGAGGAAGGUAUACGUGGUUUAAAAUGAAAAAAUAAAAAAAAAAAGAAACGAGAAAACUUACGAUUAGAGGAAUCGAGUCUCACGGUAUCGUGCGACUUAACGUUAAGUAAUUGCAGCAACAAGUGCAUAGUAUAAAUCAUGCUUUGUAAAAUAAUGUCUGUAU